GACCCCUUUUAUAGAUGUGCGGAAAGUAUACUCGUGAUCUCGGAAAAUAUGCCAAAGGGGAAGCACUGAAACUAAAAAGUUUCGACUGGAAGCGGAAAAGUAUGGACGAACCAUGGCGCAAGGAAUUGAACGAUAUGCGUUCGAACGGUUGCUAUCAAGUACUCGGUAAGGUAUGGCGGAAUACCCUUGGCCGAAUAGAAGACGAAUGGAUGUUAAUGGUAAUGUUAGGUCUGUCUACGGCUGCUAUAUCUUAGCAUGGAUCAACUCAUCUGGUUUAUACAUGCCAGCCGACUGAAAGUGUUCAGAAUGGUUCCGGAGUAUGGGUUUCUUCAGUAUAUAACCUGGGUUUCGCUACCUGUACUGUUGAUAAUGUUCGGUUGCGUUUUUGUGCAGGCCGUUUCCCCUCAAGCCAUCGGUUCGGGAUUCACCGAGAUACGUGCCAUUCUGCGGGGGGUUGUCAUCAAAGGAUAUCUAAACUUUAGCACCUUUGUGGCAAAAGUGGUUGGAUUGACGUUAACUCUAGGAGCCGGGAUGCCCCUAGGCAAGGAAGGGCCAUUCGUGCACAUUGCCAGCUGUCUUUCGCAGUUAUAUGGGAAAAUGGUGACCUCGAUCGGGUCCGAACCGGAAAAUGAUAGCCACAGUCUGGACCUGCUAUCUGCAGCAGCAGCCGUUGGAAUAGGUGCUUGCUUUGCGUCCCCUGUCGGUGGAGUACUGUUUAGCAUAGAAGCAACUGCACCAUAUUUCGCAGUACGAAACUACUGGCGGGGUUUUUUAGGGGCGGUUUGUGGAACGCUGCUGUAUCGCUUGCUGUUCGUUUGGUACGAUUCGGAAACCGUUACCUUCGGAGCACUGUAUGAAACGAGUUUCACUCAGGAUGUUCCGUUUUGUCCGCAGGAGUUGCUUGUGUUUGGCAUGUUUGGAAUUUUAUGCGGCGUUUUGGGUGCCCUUUUUGUGUGGAUUCAGAAAGUUUACAUCGUGUGGAUGAAAUCUACUCGUAUUCACAAAUACCUACAGAAAACACGUCUACUAUAUCCGGUAAUUAUUUCGUUCAUCAUUGCCACACUGCAAUACCCGAACGGCUUGGGACGGUACACCGCAGGCGAGCUAAACGGCCAUCAGCACUUCCAUCACUUAUUUUCCAACUUUACCUGGAGCAAAUCAGAGCUGGACCCCAAGGAGGCACAGAUUGUAGCCCAAUGGACAACACCGCACACCAGUGCCAUUGCCAACUUGUCCAUCUUUCUGGCAUUUUCGUACUUGUUCAGCAUGAUUGGUUCAACGAUGCCCAUUCCUUGUGGAAUGUUUGUUCCGAUGUUCAAGAUCGGAGCCGCCUUUGGUCGGCUUGUAGGCGAAUCAAUGCACGUGUGGUUCCCAUUGGGGCUUCCGUAUGGAGUCGGCCUGUUGGCCCCGAUUGUUCCCGGUGGGUACGCCGUAGUUGGGGCAGCUGCUUUUGCUGGAGCCGCCACACACACUGUUUCCGUUUGUGCGAUGAUCUUCGAGAUGACCGGACAGAUAAAAUACCUAGGACCGGUAAUCGUUGCGGCACUGGCGGCAAACAUUGUAGCUAGAAAAUUGCAACCAUCGUUGUACGAUAUGUUGGCAUAUAUCAAACAUUUGCCCCACUUACCGGAUGUUUCACCAUCGUCCGAAUCGGACAUGUACAACGUCUACGUUCAGGAUUUCAUGGUUGGGGAUUUGCUGUACAUCUGGAAAGGAAUCACCUACCGAGAGUUGGUUGCCAUUUUAGAAGCUAGCGCGAAUCUCAGAAGUCUACCUCUUGUGCAAGAUCCCGAUGAACCAAUUCUGCUGGGAAGCGUAGAGCGUGUCCAGCUUCUCAAGCUGAUGGACAAAUGCAUGGGCAGAGUUGCGCGGCAGGAAGCUGCUGCCAAACGGUGGCUAGAAGAACAAGAACAGAGAAAUCGUAGACCAUCUGUGUUUGAAAUUUUUCCUGAUUCCAACCAGAGUUCGGAGAACCUGGACGAAGAAGAGAAACCUUUGAAAAAACGUCCACUUCUGAAAAGAUUUCACUCUACUCCAAGUGGAAAUGCAGCUCAAGAAUCGGACCAAAUUCCCAGGUCGCGAAGUUACCGGAACCUCUUUAAAAAAAAUUCUUCCGUACCCAGAUUACAUCUCGAUCCGGAGAUUGGUGCGGUAUCUGCCAACAAAGUGUUCAUGACUCCUGAUCGUCAUUUCGAUUUUCUACCAGACGAACGAAUACUCUGGUUAGAACAACAAAUGUCGAAACCCAUCGAACUACACCUUUUACAGAUCGACCCGGCUCCAGUGCAGCUGGUUGAGAAUACUUCUAUUUUCAAAGUGCAUCGGAUGUUCUCCAUUCUAGGAAUAGACUCAGCGUACGUCACCAACUUUGGUUGCUUGGUUGGGGUAGUUGGUUUGACGGAGUUGAGAGCAGCCGUUGAAGCUAUCAACAAGGGCUCAUUGGCUAUGGAAGCUCUGCGGGAGAAACGUGAGGAGGAAGCUCUAACGCAGCGUAGUAAGAAAUCGUCUGUUCUGGUAACACCUGUCACUGUAAGCAACAGAAAAAACUCAAACACUAUUGGACUUUUGGUGGAUUUGCCAUAUGUGGACGAUAUUUUGGAUGUUGAAAAGUUCAGCGAAACUCAGAGCGUUGAGCAGUAGCGAUUUGAA